AUGGAGAAGCAAACCUCGGAAGACACUGAAGAGGAAGCUGAGGAACUUGAAGCUGCAGACAAAGAAUCGAAGCUGCCGGCAUCAAAACGAGAAAAGGAGGAACUCAAAGGCAAGGAGGCCUAUGAUCGAGGAGAUUAUGAAGAAGCUGUCAAAAACUGGAUGGCAUCAUUGCGUUCGGUGAAAUAUUUGCUGGACAAGAAGCUGUAUGCCCACAAUGCUGAACAUCAAAAGCAAGUUGAGAAUAUGGACCUCAGGUUUAAUUUGAACCUGGCACAGGCUCAUAUCAAGCUGCGUGAUUUCAGCAAAGCCAUUGAGUUUGCUGAUAAUGCUUUGAGAAGGGAUCCCUCAAGCAGCAAGGCGCUCUAUCGGAAAUCUGUGGCUCUUUUCGAGACCAUGGACUAUUCACAGGCAGCCCAACAGCUGCAGAAACUGCUGGACCUGGACCCUGAUAAUCUCGCUGCAAAGGAUCUCUUACAAAAGGCCAAGCGAAACGAGGCUAGAGGAGAGCUGCGAGCAAGGCGAAUGUCGCAAAGGAUCUUCGGCACACCGGGCAGACAGGCGGAUGCCGGCAUCUUCAGCAAUAUCGUGGGAAGAAUACGGCAAAUUUGCUGCCGCCGGGCAAACGCAAGGCAGGACUAG